CGAGGAUCAGAAUCACUAUUUUGAGACCGGAAUAGAUUUAGGAACGAAUUUUCACCACCUCUACCUACUGGUCUACAUAUGGGUAUGUUUAAUGGGCUUAAGAAAAUACAAACGUUUUGAACAGCGCCUCCGGCCUCUCACACUCACUCUCGAAACUCGCUCUCGCCUACGACUAUCACUGGACUCUCGAUCUCUGCCCUAAAAUCGGUGGCCCUAGGUCUGUCACUUUUCUUCCCUGCCCUAGCUUUCCUCUCUUCUGGCUUUUGUCUCGUCCGUGUAGGCUGUAAAGGAGCAAGUUUGGAAUCUAAAAAUUUGCAAGUUGUUUCCCCCACAUAAAAAGGAACACGAGAGCGAAAUAAAACAAGGAUGGCAACCAAGGCAAUGUAUCUUUCUGUGAGUCAUCAGUCUUUACUUUCUAUUCCUGCUACUACAAAGCCGCUGCAAGUCAGAUCAUUCACCGUGAGAUGCUCCACUGGUGCUGCCCCCGUGGGUGCUGCCGUUCCUGCUCCUUGGAAGCUUGCAGAUGCUAGACUUGUUCUUCAAGAUGGAUCCAUUUGGAAAGCCAAGUCAUUUGGUGCUUCAGGGACGCAAGUUGGUGAAGUUGUUUUUAAUACUUCAUUAACAGGGUAUCAAGAAAUUCUUACAGACCCAAGCUAUGCAGGCCAAUUUGUCCUGAUGACAAACCCACACAUUGGCAACACUGGGGUUAAUAUAGACGAUGAAGAAUCAAUACGGUGCUUCCUGGCUGGUUUAGUAAUUAGAAGUUUGAGUAUCAGUACUUCCAAUUGGAGAUGCACGGAAUCACUUUCUGACUAUUUGUCAAAAAGGAACAUCAUGGGAAUAUAUGAUGUUGAUACCCGUGCGAUUACCCGUCGGUUGCGAGAAGAUGGAAGCCUGAUUGGCGUCUUGAGCACAGAAAAAUCCAAAACAGAUGAAGAACUUUUGGAGAUGUCCCGGAAUUGGGAUAUCAUUGGUGUGGAUUUAAUUUCUACUGUCUCCUGUAAGAAACCUUAUGAAUGGGUUGGAAAGACGGAUAUGGAAUGGGAUUUUAACUCCAACGGAAGAGAUGGGAAGACUUUCCAUGUGGUCGCUUAUGAUUUCGGUAUCAAGCACAAUAUAUUGAGGCGAUUGGCAUCUUAUGGGUGUAAAAUCACAGUCGUUCCUUCAACAUGGCCGGCAUCUGAAACUCUUAAAAUGAAACCGGAUGGUGUUCUUUUCAGCAAUGGACCAGGUGACCCAUCUGCCGUUCCUUAUGCUGUUGAGACGGUGAAGGAGAUCAUCGGCAAGGUUCCUGUUUUCGGAAUUUGCAUGGGACAUCAGUUGCUUGGUCAGGCCUUGGGUGGGAAAACAUUCAAAAUGAAAUUUGGUCAUCAUGGAGGAAAUCAUCCUGUUCGUAACCUUCGAAAUGGCAGUGUGGAGAUCAGUGCACAGAAUCAUAAUUACGCGGUUGAUCCGGAUUCACUUCCGGAUGGGGUGGAAGUAACUCAUGUGAAUCUGAAUGACGGAAGCUGUGCAGGUCUCGCCUUCCCUCAACGAAAGCUGAUGUCUCUUCAGUACCAUCCUGAAGCAUCUCCUGGACCUCAUGAUUCAGACAUGGUAUUUGAUCAUUUUAUGGAGCUGAUGAGAAGAGAAAAGCAAAGCACCUGAUGAUGAUUGAAGGUGGAAGCAGCUAAAAAUGUUAUGUUUUAGUAUUUAUGCAAAGCUUUUAGGAGAAAGAUGUAGGAAGAGGGAAUUUAUCAUAACAUGUCUCCUACCACUUAUUUAUUGCAUGUGUUUCACUUAUUUUAAGCCUAAGCCUAAGCCUAUCAUUUCAUAAA